AUGGUGGUCUUGGGUGCAGGAGAAAGGGAGUUUAUGGUGGCAGGGGUUUGUGGGACAGAGUUAGCAGAGGGUUGGGAAGGGAUAAUAACUGAUUUAGUGGGGUUUUUUGUGGGGUUUUUUGUGAGAUUAGACUGUUUUGGGGGAGGAGUAUUUAAAGAGGGGGUUGGAUGGGAUAAUGGUGCAAAAAGGUUUGUGGAAGAUGAGGGGGGCUUUGAGGGGGUUUGGGAAGUAGAGGGUUUUGAAACAUUUGUGGCCUUGAUAUCAUUCUUUUUCCUUUUCACAGGAAUAAAAAUGGUAGAAGAGAGAGGCACAGAUUGCUCUCCCUUGUCUUUUGAGCUAUCAGCAGUAGAGGUAGCUUUGUCUGUCUUUGCAGGAACAUCAUCUUUAGGCGGAAGAUCAGAUGGGAGGCAACCAAGGAUAUUCCACUUCAACCUCAACAAUCUGACCAUUAUCUCUAAAACUUUCAAACUCACUAAAUUAAUAGUAAAAUCAUCAGUUUCUACAGGCUCUCCUACUAACCCUGAGAUGAGACUGAUUCCUUCAAUGGUUCUCAGGUCAAGAGGAAUGUUGAGCAUAUGUAUCCAUAUUGGGAUUGAGUCAAGUAAAGAAGAGGAUAGAGAUCCAGUUUUUGGGGAGGCUAGUUUUUGGGUUUGGGAGGGUUUAUUUGGAAGUGGGAAGGCUGUUUGUGGUGGGUUUGGGGGGAAUGAAGAGGUCGACGCUUUAUUGGUGAUGAUUGUAGAUCUAGGGUUUAACACACCAAGAUCUACUGGAGGAGUAGCGAUUUCGUCAACUGGAUGCAUCACAACAUCAGUAGUAGUAGAGUUUGAGGCAACAACCAAGUCUGAAGACUUCACACCAGGCCCUACAGGAGGAGCAGUUUGGAGAGAAGACACUUGCAGAGAUUGGGGCUUAGGAGACAGAGGGGGAAACGAGGAAAGGGAACAGUGGGGGAGAGAGGGAUCAGGAGGGUCUGGGGGAACUGGGGAGAAGGGCUGAGGUUACCACCAGCAGUGGGAACGCUUGGAUUCAAGGCGGAAGCACGGCCAUUGGAGAACCAGGGGUUCUGCAUUGGGAACCGGGACAGAGAGAAAG